AUUGACUGGUGUCUUUCAAUUCAUUGUGGUAAACUGAAUGGUAUAGGAUUGGAAAAUGUUUGUCACUAUAAGCAUUUUGUCUUAAUGUCUGACGGUGUGAACAUGGAUGCAUCUUCAGCACAAGAAAACAGUGAAACUAGACAAAGCUCAAGCCCUAGACAAACAACAUCAAUACAAGAACUUGAAUUUUGCUCCAAAACUUUGUUUGGUGAAGCAACAGAAGAACAUCCAAUUGGCACUGAAAAUGUAAACAAGGGAUCGACAAAAGCCAGGGCUGCAGAAUGUGAAUAUAUUGGUAUUGAACAAUUUGAACCACUUAAUGAAGAUCUGACACUAUAUUUGAGUUGUGAACAACUUGGACAACAACUUGAAGAUGCCAGCAUUUAUUCUAAUUCUAAUCAGUUAGGUUUAUUACCUGAAGAUGCAGCUGGAAAAAAUUUAAGUACUAAGCAAACUAUGCCGGAACUCAAUCAUGAACUCGUUCCUGGAAGUGUAAAUAAGGACAUUUGGGUAGAAAAAUGGAAAACUGGCACUGUAAACUUUCAAAAUGUACCAGCUGAAAUUGUGACGGUAGAAUCCUAUACUUUCGGUUUUGAACAACCUGGCCAACCUUCUGAAGAACUGACCAGAAAUUCCAGUUGGGAACAAUUGCAACCACCCCAAGAAGAUGAGAGAAAAAAUUAUCUGGAACAAUUGGGAGUGCCACCAGAAGAUAAAGUCGUGAAUACUAGUCUUGAACAAUUAGAAAUGCCACCAGACGAUGCAACGAACAAUCCUAGUAAAUCAGGAAAGAGAACCUCUGGAAAAUCAACAAAAGAGAAGCAUGCACUGAGAUCUUCUGUAGGCAGUACUAGAGUUUUGCGUUCAAGGUUGCAAGCGAAAUCUAAAGCUCCGGAGGCAAGUAAUAAUAUGGAAGAGAAGAAGAAACAGAUGAAGAAAAUUACACUUGAUGAAUUCUCAAGACUUAGAAAUCGUUUGAGAUACUUGCUGGAUCGAAUAGGCUACCAGCAAACCUUGAUUGAUGCCUAUUCUGGUAAAGAUUGGAGAGGACAAAGCCUAGAAACAAAGCCUGUGGAGCAUCAGGAUGCCCAAUUUGAAAUUCUCCACUGCAAAUUAAAAAUAAGACAUCUAUUUCAACAUCUUGAUUUGUUAACUGCUAGAGGAAAGUUUCCAGCAUCCUUGUUUGAUUCUGAAGGACAGAUUGACAGCGACGACAUAUUCUGUGCAAAAUGUGGGUGUAAAGAUUCGCCAGCUGAUAAUGAUAUCAUACUCUGUGACGGUGAUUGUGAACAUGGUCCUCUCCAGUUUUGUCUGGAACCACCAUUGUUAAAAGAAGACGUUCCUCCUGGUGAUGAGGGUUGGCUUUGCCCUGGAUGUGAUUGUAAGGUCAACUGCAUCAAAUUGCUUAAUGAUUCUCAAGGAACUAAUUUUUCUAUUCUGGACACCUGGGAGACGGUGUUCCCUUUGGAAGCAAGUAUAAAUAAGGAUUUUGGACUUGGAUUUUCAUCAGAUGAUUCUGAGGAAAAUGAUUAUGACCCAGAUCCUUCAGAGGUGGAUGAGAAAGUUGAGGGAGAUGAAUCAAGUUCUGACGAUUCUGAUUUCUAUUCUGCUUCCAAAGACUUUGAGGAUUCUUCUGAUGAUUCAGAGGAUGAUGAUUAUGAUCCUACUGCUCCAGAUCUCGAUGAGCAGGAGGCAUACGGAAAUGUUUCAUGUGAUUCAAGUGAUGGGCUGGAUGCUGAUGGCAUACCAAAGAAGCGAAGGAAGAACAAUACCGACAAAGUUGCUUCUGCAUCACCCAGUGGAAGGACUCCAAUUGUAGAGGGGACAAAUGCUAAGGAUAUGCAGCACAGCCAGGGAGAGAGUGAACAUACCCCUAAGAAAAGAGCGCAUGAGGGGCUAGAUGUUGAGGGCACAAAUAAUUCACCGGCGAAAUUUUAUGAACGUGGUUCUAAUGGUACUAGCACUAAAAGAUUUGGAGAAGCUGUAACUCAGGUAUCACGUGCCUAUGAAUUAAUUUUUACUACUGAAUUUAGAUGGUAGUCUGUAUAUGGAAUCAACAUUUUUCCAUCCACUCAACUUCAAACUGGGUUAUUUUACAACUGCUAUUUCAAUUUCCACAAAUAGUGUUUGCAUUGUUGUCAAAUCGUGAAUUGUUUUGCUAAAAUAGUGAAUUGUGAAUUAUAAGAUUCACUUUAUGUAGCAUAAUAAAUGAUUUUGUAUAUGUACAGUGUUCAAAAUGAAAUAAAUAUGAAUAUAACUAAAUUGUGUAUAUGUAUAUAUAUAAAAUCACGUAUAUCAAUAUAAUUAGUUAAUCUCUUUGUUUAUUUUGUGAAAACCUAAGAAGUAUGGACACGGACUCACAACACACCAAUUUUCAAAAAAUGAAAGACAUGACACGUGAGGGAAAAUA